AUGGUGGCAAAAGGAGCCGGCUCGAAUGCCGGUGCAAGGGGUGAUGCCCUGGGAGAGCUGGUCUUCAGCUACCAGGUAGCGUCGCCCUUGGUAAGCCUGAACAACCAAGCGGGCGACAUGCGCUCCUCUUUGAACCUUGGUUUCAAGGUCUUCUUGAAACUGCUCGAGGUCAUCCUCCGCUUGGACGGCUUGACGCAGUCUCUCCACAGCUUUUUCUUGGCUGAGGCGUUGCAAGCUUGUCCACCAACCAAGUGGUGUGUGGAAGGGGGGCUGUGUGGGUCUGCUGGAGGCGAGCGGCCCCAGAUGGCCUGGGGUAAGGCUGUCCGACUGUGGGACCAAAUGACCUGCCAGUCCACUUUCACCGUGGUGGCCCUGGAUGGUGGCAUUCACAGGGCGGGGGAUCCCAGCGGCAACAAAGCUCCCACCCUCAUGUUGGGUGGACUCGAGCGCGGAGACCUCUGGUGGUUAAGGAGACCUCCCGGCUGGAGAAAGCCCUCUAUGUCUCUCCACGUCCGCAUCUCUCCUGGCGGCGUAGCCGGCGAGGGAAGGUGUUGCAGCAUCUUCCUUUCCAGGGUAGCAGUGCUUGCGAAGGAACGUGAGUCACGUGAGCAUGCUGAGAUCACACAUCUGUGCCGUGCCACAGAUGUGUAUGCGACCCCAGCAGAGCUUCAUGAAAUCCAGGUUUGGAGCAGCCUCAUCCAGAGGAAGCGUGAUAGGCAGGAUCCGCUGGAUAUCUCUGAUGAGUCAGAGCUGGAGCAUGAUAAGGGCACCCAUGCCGACAUUUCGCAGGAACGGGCCUUUGUGGCCCCAGGUGCCCAGGACGCUAAGCCCAAGGAGCCCAAGCCGGCCCCAACGAUGGAAGACGAGAAAGCUGGCCCAAAGAACAAUGACCCGAAGGGCGAGAGCGAACCGAAGCCGAAGGAGGGCCCCGACGCCGCCCCCAAAAAGCGCUCUGCCGGUGGCGCAGCAAAGCUCCAGUCGGAAGAAUGGUACAACCAUGUGAUGGAGGCCAAUCCAAAUCUUGAAGAUUUCAAGGAAGAGAAGGACGUGCAGAAGCACAUUGCUGAGCUGGAGAAAACUUUCAAGCUUUCUGUGGAAGUGGCUCUCUGA